CCUUCAGCCGCUGCCGUUUUUCUCCUGUUUAUGCCUGGAUGUAAACAAAUAUGGCGGAAGACACGUCGGGCGUUCUGGAGCAGUUCGCGGACGACGCUGUCUACAAGCAGUUCCUCCACGACGACUUCGAUGCGAAAGCUGUCGCAUGCAAUGCCAUUCAGGACCUCGCAAUCUCGCAGCACCUCGCGAAACUUGCUACUGGCAUUUCACUUUUGGACAAGGAACUCCACAGCCAGGUGUCCGCUCACUAUGAAGACCUUUUGGCUCAAGCGUCCGGAAUCGAAACCCUGGAAGGGGCCUUGCAAACGAUGUGUGCCUCAAUACAGAACCUGCAGGCGACGUCUGAAAGACUCCAGAGCAAAGUGGUCGAGCCUUACAACAAGAGCUGGACCCAGACGGCCAUGCUCGCCAGGCUGCAGCAAACAUGCGACAUGAUUCGACGGAUGGGACGACUGUUCCAGAUCGUCAAGCGCAUGCGAGCGCAGCUCCAAGGCGGCGCCAAGGAUAUCACCAAGGCCGCCCAGAGUCUCAGCGAAGCAGACCAGCUGCUCGAAGGUGUGGACUUGAGUGGCAUUGACGUGGUUCAGGAGGAACUUGCCGUCCUUGAAAGUGCUCGACAGGAGUUGGAGAGGCAGGGAGAACGCAUGCUCGAAAAAGGCACAGAGUCCCAGAACCAGGCUCAGGUGGGCACAGCACUGCAGGUGUUGUUCCACCUGCAACUGCUGCAGCCACGGGUGCUUCAACUCGUACGCACCACACUGGAGCGCCUGCGUGACACCGUGCAACAGGCCCUGUCAGUCGGAAGCCUGGAUCAGCAGGCGACUGCUUCCUUUGGGAGCAGAGGUCCAGGUCGAGCGGCCAUGCCGGUGACUGGAAGCAGUGCUGCGUUUCGGGCAGCCCUGUGGACCAGCAUGGACCGACUGGUGGACAGCGUCUGCCAAGCCUGUUGUCAGAUCCAGCAGCUGGAGCAAGUUCUGGCCAAGAAGAAAGACCCCGUGACGCACGUGGUUUUUCUCCAGGAGCUGCAGAAGAGUGGGCAUGGGGACAUUCUGCGAACCUUCUGGCUCUCUCUGGCUGAGAUGCUGUCUGAUGAAUUGGCCAAGGCUGCAGCUGAGUCCACGUUUCUGCGUCAAGCGUUCGAGGGCGAGUAUCCCAAGUUACUGAGUCUCUUCAAUGGGCUCUGGAAGCGGCUGGAACAAAUCGAAGGCCAGACUCCUGCGAGCGGAGACGGUGAACCUGGUGUUCGCUUCUUGGGCCAGGAAGACUUCAGGCCCGAAGAGACUCUCUGUGGCACGCUGGCACCACUGGAGAAGGCGUACCUGUCGAGAUCUCUCUCUCGCCUCCUGGACGCCAUCAACGUGGCUCUUUCGGGAAGCAGCCGGGAAAGCCGCCCUUCGCAAGAUGACCUCGACGGCAUUUUGCGAGCCAUCUCCAGUGAGCUGCGAGUGGCUUCGGUGGACAGCCGGCUGUGCCGCAUGGUGGCCAAGAAUGUGGCGCAAGCCGUCCACCAGCUGGCUGCUCGUUGUGAGCAGCUUGCCGCCCUGGAAGGCUCGGAUGCCUUGCAGGUGAACGGCCCGGCCACCGCAGCCCAGCAGUGCAAUGCCAGCCUGCUGCACCUGCUGCAUCUCUUCCAGACACAGAUGGACGCGUUGUUGUCUGGCAAUGCAGUGGAAUCGCCCGAGGCUGCAUCAAUAGUCAAAGGAGCUCUGAAGUCGGUGGAGACUGUGAUCCAGAGCAUAGUGGAGCCGCUGCUGUCUGCUGUGAGCCAAUCGGUGGAGGCCAUCAUCCUGACCAUGCACGAGGAAGACUUCUGCACCCCUGCUGUGGACCGUAUGGCUGCCCCCGAUGCCCCCUGCUCGCUGUACAUGCGUGAGCUGCAGCAGUUCCUCUUGCACUGCCAGAACGACUUCUUCUCCUCGUGGCCACCCGCUGCUGCUGUCACUCAGGGGUUGCGGGACCUGGCGUCACGUGCCUUGGAGCUGCUCGUGCGGCAUGCGAGCUUGGUUCGGCCGCUGGCCGAGGGUGGCAAAAUGCGGCUGGCCGCCGAUUUCGCCCACAUGGAAAUGGCGCUGGCACCGCUGGGCCAACCUCUGGCCGACUUGGGGCGUCCCUACAAGGUGCUCCGGGCUCUGCGUCCUCUGCUCUUCCAGAGUCCCCAACACGUGGCCCAGUCCCCCAUGCUGGGUGACGUGGUGCCUCAUUCGUUGAUGCUACAUUUCCUGUUUGCCAAGGCACCACCUGAACUUCGCUCACCGUACGAGGCGGCGUCAUGGUCCCGCAGUCGCUAUUCGAAGUGGCUUGAUGAGCACACGUCCGAGAAGGAGCGGCUAGUCUUAGUGCGUGGUGCAAUGGAGUCGUACGUGCAGACCGUGCGCCAACGGCAGGGCAAGGAGUUUGCACCGGUCUACCCCAUCAUGAAGGAAAUCCUCGAGAAGGCCAUGGCCCAGGAAAGGGCCUGAUACCGCUUCGUUCCCACUGGGAGUGACUCUUAGAUUGAAUCCUCGUGAAGGUGUUGUACAGCUCAGAUCCGUUCAGGGGAACUUGUGCUUUGUUAGCAAAAUAAAGGUGUUAUUGAUA